AUGCCUGUAGGCACGGAGCGAUCUCCACACACGCAAGAUGUGCCCAACGAUGGCAACCGACACACCUGGAACCGCGAUGUGUACCUCCUUCUUGCAGCGCGCUUCGUGCGAAUGACGGCGUUUGGAUCCUCAUCUCUCGUCCUGGCGCUCUUCCUCUCGAGUCUCGACCAGACGCCCGUACAAGUGGGCCGCUUUCUCACUCUCACGCUGGUGGGCGACUUUCUGCUCUCGUUUGUCCUCACUUUCACCGCAGAUUCGCUACUCGGACGGCGCAACACGCUUCGGCUCGGUGCGCUGUCGAUGCUCCUGUCCGGCCUGGUGUUUGCGACGGCUAGCAAUGUCAAUGUGCUUCUUGUCGCUGCGAUCUUUGGCGUGAUCAGCCCGUCCGGUGGGGAGAUUGGGCCAUUCAGGGCGGUAGAGGAAAGCAUCCUCGCCGGGUUGGUGGACAAGCAGCACAGACCGGCGCUGUUUGGAUCCUUCAUCGUGACGGGAGCGCUUGCUGCCAGUCUGUCUACAUGGCUCGGCGGGCUGCUCAACAAGCUAGUUGACGCAGACAGUCGAGACGCCAUGAUGUGGUACUACAGGUGCGUCUUUGUCGUGUACGCUGUGAUGGGAUUGCUCAAGCUUCUACUUUCGCUCUCACUCAGCGAUCGCUGCGAAGUUCGCACGCGCGUCGAACCGCAGCCAGCAAGAGAGGCCGACGAGCGCGAUCCACUGCUCUCGCAGCAAGCAGCAGACCCGCCAACAGCGGACACGCCGUUCAGCAACCGUCGGUUCGCUCUCCUCUGCACGCUCUUCGCCAUCGACUCGCUCGGCAGCGGCAUGGCUUCGCAAACACUCACGUCCUGGUUCCUCUCGCGCAAGUUCAACGCGGAGCUUGCGUCGCUCGGCAGCAUCCUCUCUGCCGCGCUGCUUGUCUCUGCAACAUCGAACCUCUUCUCUGCGCGAAUAGCGAAACGACUCGGGCUCGUCGUGACAAUGGUGGUAACCCACCUGCCCGCCAACAUCUUUCUUGCAAUGAUCCCUUUGCCUUCGGGUCUGGGUCUCACAUCGGCGCUGAUUGUCGCGAGAGCAGCGACGUCGUCGAUGGACCAAGCGCCGCGAUCCGCUUUCCUGUCCGCCUUUGUGCCGGACCAUCAAAGAACGAGGGUCCUCGGUCUGGUCACCACGGUACAGACGCUGGCUCAGUCAGGAGGGCCGUCGCUCACAGGUUGGUUCGCCGAGAAGGGGAAGAUGGGCUGGGCAUUCCAUACAGCUGGCGCGCUCAAGGCGGGAUACGAUCUAGGACUACUUGCUGCUUUCUCUGCUGUCAACUGA